ACACUGAGUGGGGACAACUGGGCCCCGGGCCCAGAGGACACGAAGGAAGGUCUGGGAGAAGGAAUUCCUAGUUUCAGGGAAGAAAAGGUGGCUCGAGUGAGCAAACUGCGGCGGCAACGGUCUCUCAUCGCCGGGACCCCGCCAUGUAGCGCCCAGGGACGCGAGGGGGCGCUGCUGCCGCGCCAGGGGCGAGGGUCCCGGGACCCCCUGAGCACCUUCCGGCCCUGCCCGGCCGACUCAGGCUACACCCGGACUCUGCCCACCGCGUUUCCGCCCUCGGCCUCGGGUCCCUGGAGGGCUCGUGGGUAGGAAGAGCCAGGGUGGCGGGACUUUCGCCGACACCCGGCUCCCCGCCUGGUGGCUGCGCACACGAGGCCGGCGACGGGACUUGCCCGCGUCUCAGCCCCUCCUGUGUGAAGCGGGGCCGCUGCGAAGUUUAUGCAUGACCUGUGUUCCUGGCAAGAUGAUGGGGAAGAGGUCGCCUCUCAUUGUUGGUUAUGAAGACUUGAGAGUGACAAAUGUGUCAUGCCUGGAGACAAGCUCCAGCGCCAGCCCUGCCAGAGACUCGCUCAUGCGCCAUGCCAAGGGCCUGGAUCAGGACACCUUCAAAAUUUGUAAAGAAUACCUAAGACCGCUGAAGAAGUUCCUGCGAAAGUUGCACCUUCCCAGGGACCUUCCCCAGAAGAAGAAGCUGAAGUACAUGAAGCAGAGCCUUGUGGUCCUAGGGGACCACAUCAACACCUUUCUGCAGCAUUACUGCCGAGCCUGGGAAAUCAAACACUGGAGAAACCUGGGGUCUCCCCCUUUGCAGGAUGCUCUGGCGGUUCGUCUCCCUCUUCUCAGAGCUGGAAGCAAAGCAGCUUUGCCGACUUUACAAGUACACCAAGAGCAACCAGCCGGCCAAGUUCCUGGUGACAUUCUGUGCCUCGGAUGCGCCGGAGAGGUCCUUGCUGGCCGACCAGGAAGACAGUCUGCCCAAGCUCUGCGAUGCCUGGGGGCUGCACCGCAACAUCAGCGCCGUGAAGGAGCGGCUGUCCAAGAUGCAGGCCCCGGGUCAAGGGAGCCCCUUGCCCAGGGAGCCAAGAUCCCAGGACCAUGUCAAAAGAGAUUCUUUAAGGGAGCUUUCUCAAAAACCAAAACUCAAGAGAAAGAGGAUAAAGGAAGCCCCAGAAACUCCAGAGACCGACCCAUAAGAAGACCAGCUGGGACAAAGGGCCCGCUUGUCCUGGCUCUCAGAGCGCAGGGAACGGAGACCAAAAAGGGAAAAGAAUCUGUCCUUAUCAAAAGGAUUCUCAGGUCUUAAUUAGGAAUAAAUGAGAUGGGAAAUAAACAUUCUUAUGACAGUUCUA